GUCGCAGACAUACAUUACAUGUGUAACAUCUAUAACUAAUAUCUACAUCAUCUACGUACUAGACGUAGUAACCAGCGAAUUGAACAUUGUACACCAAUACAUCAAUAUUUCAUCAAAUUCAUUCUUGUCUUUGAGCUGCUCGCUAUAUUGCACUUUUUGUUUCCUCUCAUUCUAAUUAGCAUAUGCAAGCACAACUGCUGCACAUUUACCACCUACCUACCUGCCUAUUCAACAUCACUGGCAAGACGGCCAUCCAUUCAUAGUACUUACAACUGAUUUCUAGAUCAAAGGAAGCCUUUCAAGAAUGGAGGCUCCUAAGCAAACACAACCAAAUGCCGCCAGCUUUCCCGUCCUGGAGAUAUGGGACCCUUCGAAGAGUCCAUGCAUGUUUAUCAAGCCUGUAAAGCAGAUUAAUGAAGGGCCCGACGUUGCCAAGUUUCUGACUUCAAAGGCAUAUCGCGAUAUUGGAAUCUUCGUUAUGCAGUUGAACCGCGCCAUGUGUCCUCGAAAGAUUAAAGAUGAUGACGGCAAGGACAAGAUUCAGACUUUCCAGCUCGGCUCUGAAUAUGAGACUCAGCCAGUCCUCUCUGUGCGAAUACUUCAAACGCUAUUAGCUACAAUCGAGUCCUACAUUGAUGAGGCCCCGCCUGAUCAAGGCCCGAGACGCUUUGGAAAUAUCAGUUUCCGGAAAUGGUACCAGUUGCUAGAGGAUAGGAUUAAAGAACUUCUCGAGAAGUUCCUACCUGACUCCGUGCUAAAUUUUGGUCCGAGGUACGAAAGGAAGCCGCGUGCUAUGGACGAGAUCAAGUCAUAUCUGCUUGGUGGGUUUGGAAGUGCACAGAGACUCGAUUACGGAACAGGCCAUGAGUUAAGCUUCCUAGCCUUUCUUGGAUCCCUAUGGAAACUCGGAUAUUUCAAGGAUGGCAAGCCAGGUGGCGACAUUGAGCGCAGCAUCAUACUUGGUGUCUUCGAGCCCUACCUUCGGGUGGUAAGGCGCCUGAUCUUGACCUACACAUUGGAACCGGCCGGAUCCCACGGAGUUUGGGGUCUAGACGAUCACUCUUUCCAACCAUAUAUCUACGGAUCAGCGCAACUGACUCGUCCCAUAUCGGACUCGGAGCCCAUGCCACUUGAAGGCUCAUUGCCUCGAGCACCCAAACCUGCACAAGUUGUCAAGCCCGAAUACGUUGAACAGGAGAGGAAGAGAAAUAUGUACUUUUCGGCUAUUGGAUUUAUCAAUGAUGUUAAGAAGGGCCCGUUUUGGGAGCACAGUCCUAUUCUAUUUGAUAUCUCUGGCAUCAAAGACGGCUGGGGUAAGAUCAACAAGGGAAUGAUCAAGAUGUACAACGCAGAAGUUCUUUCCAAAUUUCCAGUAGUACAGCAUUUCUACUUUGGGUCAUUGUUCUCUUGGGAACAAGAUCCAGAUGCCACAAUACCGCAACAAACGAUUCACAUGUCAAACCAACCUAAUACUAGUACAUCGAUGCCGCCGCCGCCAUCUUCGUCUACGGCUACUGGACCCGGUACCGCUGCUCCAUGGGCUCAAGCAACGAGUAUGACAGGCCCCUCUGGUCCCGGCAUUCCUUACUCCCGGGCUCCCGGACAUCCCGUUACACUCCCUUCCCAUGCCCGAUCCGGUGGAGCCGGCGGCCAAGGUCCGACCACCAGAGCACCUUGGUAAAGCACAAUGAUAAACAAACGGGGUAAACGGACAAUUUGACCUACUAUCAUCAUACGGCACAAUAGCGCCGUACUCACAAGGCUCAAAGAAGACAGGUGCUAUGAUCCACUAGCAUGUUAGAGGCAAAUGCACACUCAGGCUACUGAAACCUCGCGAUGCCCGCUCGAGCACACGUUAAGUGCUUCAUCGAAAUCGCCAGAGAAUAGCGCUAGCCAAGACAAUAGUGUAGGACAUGUGCACAUUCAUCCACAUAUCUAGUCAGCUGCAUGUCCAGCAGACACUAUACCCCAGGGUCGAUGAAUGGAAUCCGAAGCUCUCCGCGCGUCGGGGCGCGACACGUUGAGAAGGAUCGAUGGGGGCUCGCCUCUUUUAAGGCCGACGAAUAGUACAUAGAUGGGUACUAGGCUGAAACGAAUAGAUAUCUCUAAUGCAUAUCUAUCUAUAUAGCUACAAAAAAGUCUAAGAUAGGUAUCUAUC